AUGGCACUCUCUGUAGCAGGCAGAUAUGCUAUCAUCACUGGCGGUGGUUCAGGCAUCAAUCUCGCAUUUGCGAAGAAGCUUCUCUCCCGCGGGUGCUCUGUUCUAGUUGGUGAUAUAAGCCUACGACCAGAGGCCCAAGAGCUUCUAAAGCAGUAUCCGCACGAUCCUUUAACACCUCCAUCAGCUAACAGACCUGUCGCGCUAUUCAAGAAGACGGAUGUCACAUCAUGGCCGCAGCUGUCGGCGUUGACUCGAGCGGCUGAGACUGCCUUUCCACAAAUUGACAUCGUUGUUCCUGGUGCUGGCAUUUUUGAGCCUAGGUGGAGUUCUUUCUGGAAUCCUCCAAAGUCACCGACAAAUCCAAAUAGUCCUUCACGAGAUGAAGCAGAGGGUGACCCAGGCCACUAUGCCGUGCUAGAUGUUAACCUGACGCACCCAAUCCGGCUCAGCCAGCUCGCUAUUUCCCACUGGACCUCACGUCGUAUGCCGGGCUCGCUACUUAUCGUUGGUAGCAUGGCUGGAUACGUGCAUGGUAUCGGAUCACCAUUAUACUUUGCUAGCAAACACGGCGUACACGGCUUUGUGCGCAGCCUCGGUCGUUUGCGAGACACGGUCGGAAUUCGCACGGCUGCUAUUGCGCCUGGUGCUGUUAAUACACCACUAUGGAGCGAUGAUCCUGAUAAAAGCAGCAUGAUUAGUGCAGAUGAAAUUACAGCCAGCGCGGAGGAUAUUGCUGACGCUAUGUUAGAGUUACUAGAGAAUCCACAGUACGGUGAUGGGACGAUAUUUGAGGCAACAGCCAGAGGCACACGCGUAGUCCCCGCGUUUAACGCCCCUCCACCAGAUAUUGAAGAUGGAGGGAUAUCAGAGUAUGAGGCUGGAGUGGCGAGACAAUGGGAGAAGAAAAUCACUGAGGAGGGCCUAAAGGUGUAG